GCUUCAUUAGGCCGCGCCUGUGCCCUGGCUGGCGGCGGCGUGGAGUCGGGGCAUGGAGGCCACGCAGGGUCCCUGCGCUGAACCGCGGGGCCAGGAAGGUGGAGGCAGGACCCUGGCUGCACAUCUGGAAGAGGAGAAACAGCAGCAGGGCUCAACCACUCACAAUCAAGAUGCCCAGAGAGAGAAGCCACUGCUGCCCUGCACCCUUUCUGGAGAGAAGUCACCGCCAGAGGCCUCCAGAGAGCUAGCUGAGGCACCUGCCUGUAGAGGGCGCCAGGCCCCCAGCUCCAGGGCUCUCCCCAAAGACCUAGCGCCAGCCCCACACAAACCCCAGCCUCAAGGGGAGGCCAAACCAGGGAAAAGGCCCUGUUCUCCAGCCUCUGGCAAGCAGAAGAGGCCCAGCACCCUGGGUCUGGCGUCUUCAUCAUCUCCCAGUAUGGGUCACUCAGCCAGGGCCAAGCACAACCCAGUGCCUUGUGGGUCAGGCCGGGGCCCCUGCCACCUGGCCAACUUGCUCAGUACACUGGCCCAGAACAGCCAAAACACAGAACAGAAGAAGGGGCCCCCAGAAGUGACCUGCCAAGUCCGUAAAAAAACUCGAACCCUGUACCGCUCAGAUCAGCUGGAGGAGCUAGAACGGGUUUUUCAAGAAGACCACUAUCCCGACAGUGACAAGCGCCGAGAGAUUGCCCAGAUGGUGGGGGUCACCCCCCAGCGCAUCAUGGUGUGGUUCCAGAAUCGCCGGGCAAAGUGGCGAAAAGUGGAGAAACUGAAUGGGAAAGAAAAGCAGGACAAUGCUGCAACCCCUGCUAGCAGUCAGGGAAGCUCCACAACUGAGCCCCCACCUGCUGUGCCCAUGGACCCAGAGCCUGGCACCUUGCCUCUGGAGCCCCCUCUGGAUACCUUUCCAGAGACCCCCAUGCUGCUGACCUCAGACCAGACUUUGGCCCCUACUCAACAGACUGAAGGUGCUCAGAGGGUAGCAGUGACCCCACCGCUCUUCAGCCCCCCACCUCUGCAAAGGACCAACCUUCCUCUUCCCUUGGUCCCUGUCCAUAACCCUCAACUGAUGCCUCUGCUAAUGGAUGCUCCUGUCAGUCACCGCAGCUACAAGGAUGGCCCCUAUGGGCCCUGGAAGACAAGCUUUACCCCACCACCUACCUUCUCGUAUUUGGAAGACCUGGAGUCCCAGGAUUACCAAGCAAGCCACUCAUUCUCCCAGGCUCCACCAACCCAGCUGUUCCAAGCCCCUCAAUCCCAGCUGCCGUUCCUGCCACCCUUGCCCUUCCCCAUGCCCAGUUCACUGUCAUUUCCGCCACCACCAGAAGAUCCUCUCUUUUCGUUUCCUUGUGGCCCUGCUGGGGGCACGUCGCAGAGCUACUGCCCAGGCCCCCCAUCAGGGCAGAUCCUGCUGCAGCCUCCUGCUGGGAAUAUAGGCACAGUCCCUUGGAGUGACCCCUAUUUGCCAGAACUGCCCUUCCCUGGUCCGUUCUGCACACAGGCUCCAGGGCACUCCCCAGCAGGAGAUGGCUACUUUUCCGAUCUAUUUGCAACUCCCUGCACCCAGGCUACAAGCAGGCAAUCUUCACCAGGAUUUGCCCAGGUGCUGGAAGAGGCCAGAUCAGGAGUUGGGCCCUUACCCAGCAAGGCACAAGAGGAGCAGACUGCCUCUUCCCUGGAGCAGCCCAGGGUGCUGGCAGAGGUCAGAGAGGAAAGUAAGAAUAGCGAGGUCCCCUCAUUGGGGGUCAAAGAGUGAUGAGAGGGUCAGCGGUGGGACAGGAUUGGGGGGCACCCAUGCAGAGGGUGGUGAUUGGAAGGCUGGGAAUACAGUGGAGCGUUGACUGAGGUCAACUUCUGCCCAACUGUGGGCUUGUCUUACUAGACACUGGCUGGACAGGAAUAGGGAUGGCCCACCCUUUUUCCUGUACCCCAAAGCCUGGUCCUGAAGAAAGGA